CACACCCUCGCACCUAACACCUGCAACCACCACACACCUCAUACAGCACAUAAUGGCCGCUCCUCAAAACUUCGACCCGAACAAGGCCCAGAAUAUGGCAGAGACGUACUGGAAUCUUAUUGAGAAAGUCAAUCCACGAGACCUGAAGCUCACAAAGCAGGACGACGAGAUCUUCGAGCACUUCAAGAACGACUUCCCAGAGCUCUUCGUGGAACCGUAUGACAAAAUACAGACCCUCGACGAAAGCCUGAUGAAGAGCAAGGAUGGCAAGGAACGAUGGCGGAAGUUCAUUGAAUCCUACAAAGACACGAUCAAGGAUUACAAUUUUGGCUCCUUGAUUCGUACAAACGCACAUGGCGAGUACUCCGAGACCAACACCAUCUUCAGCACACGACCUCGCCGAAACGGACGCCGAGGAGGAACGUCUGAAAGCGGAACGUGCAAAGGAGAAGGGCAAGAAGAAGGCUAUUGGCAAUGGCAAAUCAUAACCAGCCAUGUUAUCAUCGUGAAAUCUUAGCAGAUUAUACACGCUUAGCCGACUUGCGACUUUCAUACGUUGUUAGACAGGACCUGUUGGACUAGCCAGGACGAAUAAUCAUGAAUGACAUUA